AUGAGUCACCGCGGCAAGAAACCGUCCCACCCGGGUCAUCGAAGACGGACUGAAGCAGACGACAGCGUGAUGCCAUCAAUGGUUCCUCCGCCAACCGUAGACUUCAGUAUGGUAGACUCGGCUGCAGUGAGCAAUGGGGCAGUGAAUAGCCUGGGCUUCUCCAUUCCCAUACUGAGCAGUAGGCAGGCUGACAUGAGGGAAGGAUUGGACAACAUCACAUCUCGUCUCAACAGGACAUUGAGUCAGUAUGACAAUGUCUACAAGGAGGAUGAGGUAAGUUGGAGCAUUAAUUUUUUUUUGAAAAAGACGAGCGUUGAAGAAGAGAAACGUAAAUUUCAGACUCGAUACGAGACUAUAACCGCAAGAGUGGAUACAAUGGAACGGGAACGAGCCGAGUUACUGAACUCAAUGGCAGAGCCCAAAGACACUACCUCGACAGAGCAAUCAGCACAGUCGCUCAGAGACCAGAUGCUGAACACUAAGAUGGAUUUCAAGAAGUUAGAGAAGAUUAACAAUGAGAAAGAUCGUCUCGUCAGUCAAGGUCAAGACACUGGACUUAUCCAAGAGGAGUCGUCCAGGCUGCAGAUGAAAGUUGUGCAAAAGUUUAAAAAGAUGUAUGAAUCUAAGAAGUUGUCUGCAACUCGACGAACAUUUGGCGACCAUUGGAAACACGCAUCCGACGAAAUUGUCGUGCUACUUCGACGCAUUAGAUCUGAAGGCACUGGUUCUAUCGAGGCAUUGGGAGAGCAGCUUGAGAAAGCUGCCAACGCGAUCCAAAGACAGGCUGAAGAGAUGAUCAGACUUGAAGGACGAAUCCGCGAAAAGGAGCAGAUGGUGGAGAAAUGGUCACAGGAGAAUGCCAAGCUAACCAACGACAAUCUACUCUUGAACUCCGAGAAGGACAAAUGCCGAGAUAUCAUCAAGAAAUUGAAAAAGGCUCUGAUUGAGGAGCGACGUAAGAAAGGCACUCCUACUAUACCAGAUGAUGUGGAUGCACAAAAGAUACCAAGGAGAAUGCCAGUUGUCCCCACCAGGCAAGAAACAAAUCAACGCAGGAACAGGCAAUUACAGGGCAGAGACCAGGAGAGAGACACAGGCAUGUUGUGCCAAGAUUGCUGCCGAGAUCUCGACCGUAGCGUCCAGGAGGCUGAACCGUCUCAACCUGGUGACUCUCAGGCAGUCGAGUCUGGACUAGUACCCAGUGAUGAGGAAGAACACGGGAGCUACUUGCCAUCGUCUGAAGUGAUAGUGCUGGAGGAAGAAAAUGAGUGGUUGACGGCAAAGGCGUCCCGGUUGGAACAAACGUUGGUUGAAAAGGAAAUGCAAAUGAUGAAACUGGAGUUGCAGUUAUCUGAAGUAAUGGACGCCGUCAAAAAAUCCUCUCCCCAAAUAAUCAAAAGGCUCUCAAUGACUGACCCAGUAGACUUCCGGAAUCUCGGUUUAGCCAGAGAUGCUAACCUCAAAACGACACGUCCAGCUCGGAUCACAGAACAUACACCCUCGACACAAGAUAUCACAUCUUUAAACCAGACAACGAGUGCCUCUCGCAACACCAAAAACCUACAAGUUCCGCGUGGCCAGAAAACAUCUUCGAAAAAGAGCGCCAAAAAGCGAGCAGCAUCUAAUAGCGUGAAGGAUGAAACACCCAUCGCCAACCAGUCCAGCCAGACUAGUCUCGGACACAAGGAGGAGAUCUCACGACUCACUGAGCAGCGGGAUAAACUCCAGGAUGACCUCACUACCAUGAAAGGUCAACUGAUGAGGGCGCAACGAGACUUGAUAUCGGUGAAAUAUGCUUCGACUGUGCCUGGCAAAAUGGGAUCGGAAACAUCAGAGUUGGAGAACCAGACUGGGCAGCCUAGUAGCGAUUCUUUAUCUCAGACUUCUACCACACCGGAAACCAUCUCAACGCCAAGGAAACCAACCGUGGUAAAGUACGACGACGAGUUCCAGGCCUACGCAGAGCUGAUGCAGGCCAACAAGGACACUCGACCCUCGCAAACAUUGAGCAGGCCUCGUAGGCAAUCUAAGGGAGGACAUGAAGCGACGCAACAGGACCAGGUGGUUGCAGAGGUGGGAUCGCAGAUGGUAGAAAACGAGCAUGUCCAUAUGGAGGAAUUUGUGACAUUUGAUCAGGGGAUGCAGACAGAUCCAAUGAUGGACCCACUGGGUCAGUGGUCAAAUGUACCAUUGCUCAAGAAACGUCGGAAAUCUUCACAGCUACCCAGUCUGGUAACUGGAACCGCUCCUACUGAUACAGAUACUCCUACAGAUCAGGCGCCUGAUGCUAAGCCUCCAGCUGAUUGGACACAGUUUGACCCCACAGGGCCGUACACACCAGCAAUGGACAGCAAGAGGGCGAGUAUAUCGCACCAGAUGAAAGCGGGUCAGAUGCCGACCAAGCUUGAUGCAGAUGGUAUUGUUAGCUAUGUGGAAAGAGAGCUUGGUCGCAUCAUCCAGGGCAUCACCGGAUACACAGACUACCUUAAACGACUCAUACAGAGAGAGGUUACUGAUAUGAUGAAUAUAAACAUUGCAAUUCGUAAGCAGUUAUCAGAAACGACACUCCAAAAACUGGAUCAGGGAACAUUCGAGAGCAUCCCCCCAUCAGCGGAUACAGGUAGGAGAAGCAGAGGAUUGGCAACUCCCAUCCGUAGAGGGCGCUUUGAAAUAAUUAAGGACAAGAACCAGUCCUCUAGGUUUGCCACCAAGAAUGCAUUUGCAACCAUUCAACCUGCAGGGCGAAGAUUUAUGCAUGCGGCAUCUCCUGAACAGCAAUGGAACUUUCAAACUAGAACACAUACUCCUGUGUUUGCUGACCAGGUAGGUUUGUGGAAUACCUUUGCUCGAGAUCACAUCAUGGCUGCGGACGAGGCAGCCAUGGAGAGACUCCUCCCUGGCCCUAGCGACUCCCUCUGCACCAGGCUACAGAAACAGAUUGAGAUGAUCGGACAGCAUUCUAUCGAUGUACUCAGAGGGACUACAGUAUUCUUCAGAGAGACUGUAACACAACAGAUGGAGGAAUAUAGUGUACUGCACAACACUUUUGGCAUACGACAAGAAGUCAGAGUUUUAAUGACACCAACACCAACCCCAACAAACACCCUCAAGGCAUUACAGCAGGAUCUCGAGGCCGAGAGAGAUCAACCAAAAGCUGACAACAAACCCUUGCCGUUAAAACUCACACGCUCAACAUCUCACAAUAGCUUCCUGGAGCAACGAAAUGUGAAUUACGGUCAGCCCCAGAAGAAGCAAAUACAUGUACACAUAGACCAUGACUUCCCAAGGCAGGCUGUAGAUCUACAUCUACCUAUGGCAACACAAUCGCUCAACUCAAUCCAGAGUUCCCAUCGCUACCUGCCUCCCCUAACUGGAUAUGAAAACCAGAAACCCCGUAAUCGGGAUGAGAUGCACAUACCCAAAGCCACACUGCCUAGACGAGGGCUGGUCACUCUGCAGGUCAAGGAAGCUGCUACUACAAUGGGACAAUCAAAAGUCGAUUCAAAGCGUCGAUGCCGACCCGUUGCCGUUUCCCACCGUGGCCUUCAAUCUCAUCAAAGAGAACUGAUGGGUAGACUUGGGAAGAAACCAGACGGGGAUGAUAACCAGGAGGCUGGGCAGCCACUUACAACCAUCUUGGAGUUCAAACGUCAACUCUUCCAAACUCAGGAAGAACAACCUUCCAAGACGUCCGACCACACCAAAAUACUCGAUCCGACCGAGCUGGAUGCCGAACCUGGCAAAUUUCUUCCACCGCUGGAAAAUGAGAGACGUCGUGUGAUUAUCCAAGCUCAAGACAAGCUCCGUGGUCCAAUGCAACAUCAUGUACAAGCUAAAUACGUUGGGUUUCAGUCAGAUGGGCAAGAAUAA